UAUAAAAAAAUUUGCGAUAAAAUUGAAUAAGAACUUGAUCGUAUAUUUCGUUAAAUAGAAGGAAACUUUGCAAGAUGUGUAAAUUAUCUUCAAACAGUUAUACCCGUUGAGAAGAACAUCAAUUGUUAUUAGCACGAGUUUACUAACCAAAUAACUAUAUUAACGUGUUCAAGUACGAAGUUUGGAUUCGAAGAGAGAUCAUUUUUAUACCAGUUAUAUGUGAACGUUGAUUCGGAAUUUCAGUUAAGAUGCGACAUUGCGAAUCGCGUAAUAGAUUCAAUUCUCUCUCUCUUUCUCUCUCUCUCUCUCUCUCUCUCUCUCUCUCUCUCUCUCAUACUCAUUUCUGCCAUCCCAUUAUAUCACUGUUCCAUUUUUUAUCUUUUUCAUUUAUUUAAUCAUAUUUCUGCUUGUUUCUUCCGUAUAUUCUUUCGACGUACUUUUAGUAAUUUUGUUCUAGUUUUUCUUAAACAAGUUUAAUUUCGUUUUAGAAUUAUUACGAUAAGAUAAAAGAAUGAUUUUUUUUAACUGAUUUUACGAAUCUAAUUUUUUUCUUCUUUACAUAAAGUUGUGGACCUUGGCGUUUAACAUUCUUACGACAUACGUUUGAGCAAGGGAUCGUUUAAAGUCGUUUACUUCCGAAAGUAGUUCGAGCACGUGACUAACUGAUCAACGAAGUGACCGUUCUUCUCUCUUUCAUUUAAAGAAAAAUUUUAGAAUGUGCGUUAUUCGACCAAGUUGCGUUAUAACGGGUAAAACAUAUAAAUAUCGGUGGUUUGUUGAAAAAAUGAUUUUAUCAUUAUUGUUCGAUAAGUGUUAAUUAUAAAUCACGAGGGGAUGGAUCGUUUAAUUUCUUUUUACUAUUAUAAGGGUAUUCGGUGAUUCGAAGGAAGAGAAGAAAUUUGAAAGAAAAAUGAAAAAAUAAUCGCAUUACCUAUCGAUAAAAUGGUUAGUUGUUGCCACUUAAAAUCGUAUCGGAUAUCUAACAGAGUCGUCAUCGAGGGAGAAGAAGGUGACUUUUGAAGGUCGCGAAAUCAGAGUCUAAAGAGUUAUCACGCGAUAAUGUCGUAGUCUGCUUGACCGUCCAUAAUCUGUUUUUAGUGCAGUGGUAGUAAGAAUCGCGACAACAAUCCGCGAAUCGGUCGUUCUAUUGUAUCAUUAUUAAGAAUUGUCUUUCAAACAGCAACAUCGUAAUUAUCAAAUAAUAGAGACAAUGUUUGAAACGGAAGGAAAAAAUUUAUGAAACUGGAACGAAAAUUUGCAUCGUUAUUUUAUUAGAGAUUUUUCGUUGUUGUUCCUGACACUCAUUCUUAUCCCAUUUCAAACACGAUCAGUUAAAGAAUGUCGAAGAAGCAAUGGUUGGUCCUGUUGAUGCUGUUCUUGACAUACUUGUUACUAGGUGCUUCCAUUUUCUACCAUAUCGAGAGCCGCUUAGAGAUCGACCGCAUUGAAAAAGACAAACAUGAACGCAUCAAGAUUAACGCUUUGCUUCACACGCAUUACGUACCGAAUCUUAAUCACGAUCACGAUGAAAUUCUCGAGAAUUUGACGCGAUACUGCGGAAAAUCAGUUUAUAAUUAUACCGAAGGCGAUUAUCCCCUUAAAUGGGAUUUUUAUAAUAGUUUUUAUUUCGCUUAUACCGUCGUCAGCACAAUAGGUUACGGGAAUUUGGCUCCAACGAACAGGCUCAGUCGCAUCCUGAUGAUAUUUUAUGGUCUGAUAGGCAUACCUAUGAAUGGAAUUUUGUUGACACAAUUGGGAGAAUUUUUUGGCCGUGUAUUCGUUAAAGCUCAUCAAAAAUAUAAAUCUUAUAAGCAUGGCCGUGACAAUUAUUAUCCUAGAAAAUUAACAACAUUCGAAACGGGAAAAGCUGGAUUGGCUGCACAAAUAUUUGCACACUUGUUGCCAGGUUUCGUCAUGUUCAUCUUUUUCCCAGCAUUUCUUUUCUCUCAUUACGAGGGUUGGAGUUACGAAGAAGCUGUUUAUUACGCUUUCGUCACAUUGACCACCAUUGGUUUUGGAGAUUACGUGGCAGGACAGGACAAUAGCAAGGGUAGCGGGUUUUUCUUUAUAUUAUACAAGAUCUUUCUGAUUUGCUGGAUUUCCUUUGGAUUGGGAUACACUGUCAUGAUCAUGACAUUCAUCACGCGAGGUAUGCGAAGUAAGAAGAUUACUAGAAUAGAGCGUAAAUUAGCUAUCAAUUUGAAGCAUACGCAAAGUAAAAUAUGGAAUGAAUUCAAUAAGGAAAUAAAUUAUUUACGCCGUGUUUUCAACGAAUUGCAGUUAUCUAAAGUUAAGAGAAUAUACGUUGACGAAUGUAAUUACGAGAUUCCACCGUCUAAAUUUUGUCGUAGUAACAGCUUCCCCGAUCUUCGAGAUUUGUUGUACGCCUCAAAAGAGAAAGAUGAAAUAUAUCAGAGACCUCGACGACGCGCCAAUAGCGAAGUGGUUCCAAUGGAAAAUCAAGUAACGCGCGUCGUUUCUGAAACCGAUCUUCAAAGAAUCGAUAAAACAGCAACAUUCGCAACUCAUGCAAUGGUUCAACCAGCAGAAUUAUUGGCAAGAUUGGUGAAUAUUCUUGGUUAUAUACCACCAGCUACCGAAGACAUGGGAGCCGAUGGUUCAAAUCAAACAACUUACGUUGGCCAGGAACAAGUCGGAUAUCACAGUGACAAACUCGAAGAAAAUAAAGAGAUUUUGGAAAGAGAAUCGACUCACGCGUUCAAUACCGGAUCUAGAAUCUGGACAAUCGGGCACGAGAAGAUACCGCGAUUCGUAAGACCUCGUUCGAGAGCGGCCAGUGAGAUUAGAAUACAAGAAACGAAAAACGAGGAUCGAAACAUCGAACGAACUUGGUCCGGACCAACAGCGGCCAGAAAGAUUCAGGAAUUGAUGAAAUCCCGUGUAAAUGAAUCAUCGAGCAAAGAACGUGACAUUAAAGAUACCAAAUUUUCUAAACUUCGCAAUUUUGCAUUAACAAAAAAUGUUCCUAAAGCAUUGUCCAAUCCUUGGAAAAAUCGUUUCUCGAUAAGUUCGGAAAAAAAAAUCUCCGAAUUCGAUCGCAAUAUUAACGAUAAAGACUUGGGCGGACAAGGAUCUUUAUCGAUCGAUGAUAGACGAGAGUCGAUCGCAAGCAAUUUAAAUCCACGAAGAUAUUAUUACACGCAUACCGGUGCGGCUAACAAUUUUAACAACAACGUUAAUAAUAAUCUACUCGAAGAGACCAGUUUGGCCGAUUUUUUGAGAGCCCUUACCGUUCUUCACGCUAGCGUUGCUGCCAAUAACGGUAAUUGGACCUCUGCUACGAACGAAGAUCAGAUUCGUCGCGAUCAACCUCGAAGAAAAUUGGGUACCGCUUCUUUAACACCGCCAAAACUUCCUAGCUUGUUUACCUUGUUUUCACCAUCUCCACCCGUAUCAACCACUCAAAGUAAUCAAAACACUAUUACGCAAGAAUCUAAUAUAAACUGGAACGAAGAUAAAUUACCUUGGUUUCAAUCAACAAGACGAGAGUCGAGAAGAGGUAGUUUAGCGUUUGCUCAUCCUACCAUAACUGCCAAAUCGAGACGAUUUUCUUUGAGACCUGUAGCAACACCUGUCAGUCCACCGACGCCUCCGAAAAAUGACUCGCCAUUCUUAUCGAAAACUAAAUCAACGUUUUUGUUCGAAUCUCCUAAAGAGCCUCUUAUUCUAACAGAGAGAACGCCAGGUUUUUCAACGCCUAUAAAAUCAAGCUUGAACGAUCGUCGUUUCUCGUUACGACCAGCUCAAAAUUCGAACGUUAAUUUAAAAGGAGGUAACACUUCUAUCGUUUCUACGCAAAAAGUUGCACCUCGUUGGAAGGCUGGUAUAUUGCAACGACAAAUCGGUCAAAUGAAUCUUCGACGUCGAGCUAGAGCGUUCAGUUUGAGCGACGUUCAUAACGAAGAUCACGGAGAAAGAACCGAACCUUUUCAUUUAUCAUCCAAUAUUAUUUACAAAAAAAAUAAUCAAGAUACAAUUUAUAAAAAUCCUAAAACCGGUGAAUUUGCAUCAUCGAUCGAAAAUUCGGGUCAAUUUGCAUCUUUGGUUUCCAAUUCGGAACGAUAUUCACCGCUUUCACAAGAAAUUAUUUCUACGAAUUCCGUUCGUCUCGAGGAAAAGAACGUACGAAUCAUCGAUCCACAAUCACAUUCCAUCGUACACGCAAUUCCUAACGAGAAUGUCGAUGAUCAUUCGAACGAAUGUACAUCUAAUUCUCGUUUAAGCGAUCGAAUAGAAUCAACUUUGUGUAAAGAUUCUCGAAUAAGUACAAAAAAACAAGUAUCAUCGAAUGAUUCUUUCACUAAUAAUUCUACUUCUCAAUAUAAUUUAUUCACUAAUACCGGUGCAGAAUCACAAGAACCAUUAAUGGAAGUAAAAGUAGAAAAUCCUAGUACAAAUAUCAUUUCCGAUCCGUUCAAAAUAGUUACACCCGAUGUUUCUUCGCAUCAUUCGUUAGAUUCUCUUGCAGAGUUCAAAACCGACAAGCAUAAAUCACACUUGCCUAUCGAUAAAUCGUGACACAGACUUUUCGUUUAAAAAACGGAUUUAUUAAUCGGACAAUAAUCGCAAAUCGUAUUCAUUUUCGAUGUAGUUAAUUCUGCGAUUCUCUUUUAUUAUUCUUUCGAGUGAAAAAAUGAUAAAUUUCGAACAGCAUACGAGAUUAUAGGAAUACGACGAUACAAAAUACUUAUUUUAACGUUAUAUAAAAGCUGUGACUCUUUUUUAGCGUGACCGUUCCCGGAAUGUCACUUUCAUAAAAAUAAAUAAUAAUAUAUAUAAAUUAACGCAAUUAUAAUUUAAGUUGAAUUCGAGGAAAAAAAAAUAUAAAAUAAGCAAUAAGAUCGCGAUCAUUCUUUCUUCGUUAAAUUAUCGACGUAUUUAAAUUUUACGAGAAACGUUUUCUUUUUCGCUUUUUUUUUUUUUUCAUCUUUUUAUCUUCAGCACUUGAAACGUAAAAGCGAAAGUAAAUUUUAAAUUAUCACGAAACAUUGUUUUUGCGCGAAAGAAUAUUUGAAAGGUAGUAAGUAAUAUAGUAUACUAAUUGUUGGUGAUUGUUGAAAUAAUACGAAUUCGAUCGUUAAAUACAAUAAAUUAUGUAUUAUUAUUUAGUAAAAGCUUUUCACUUUCUUUUUUUUUUUGUUUUUUCUUUUAUUAUUUCGAACGUUGAACUUGAAACGAAGAUAUCGUGCAAUAUCGUUAAAAUGUGUGAUUCUAUAUUUUACAAAAAAAUCGAACAAUUGAUGGUAUCAUAUCAUUUAAUCACUAUAUAAAUUAAGAAACUCGUUCGAAAGUAAGUCGUGAUA